AUGGCCACACCUCAGAUCAUCAACAUCGCACUGCUGGAUGCCGACAUCCCUGUUCCCUCUGUCCUCAGCGUUCGGGGCCUCUACAGCAACAUUUUUCGAGAGCUGCUCGAAGCAGCCUUGAUCCGCCUGGCCAAAGCCAACCUGAUCAAUAGCAGCCCGCCUCCAAAGGUCCAUUUCUCCGCGUACGACAUCGUGCGGGGGGAAUAUCCCUCAGACCCCUCCUCCCUCUCUGGCAUCGUCAUAAGCGGCGCCGCUGGCUCCGCCUACGACACGGAUCCCUGGAUCUCCACCCUCCACUCUUGGCUCCGUCACGUCCACGCCAAUCACCCACACGUGAAACUCUUCGGUUCCUGCUUCGGCCACCAGGUGAUCUGCUCCGCAUUGGUUCCCCCGCCUUCUUCUCCUGCGGCCGGCCCCGCUGUCGUCACCAAGAACCCGGCGGGCUGGGAGCUCGGGAUCCACGCCAUCACGCUGUCGCCCGCCUUUCUGCGCGCCUUCCCCGUCGACGUGCUCGCGCUGCCGUCGGCUCCGGCCUUCGCAGAUCGCCGUGACGCAAAGCUGAAGCUGCAGCUCGUCCACAGCGACCACGUCAACCUGCCAACGGGCCUUCCCGCUGACGAUAACGACGACGCCGUGUUCGCCUCCAUCGGCUGGACCCCGCGGUGCGCCGUGCAGGGCGUGUACGACGGCGACCGCGUGCUGACGCUGCAGGGCCACUUCGAGUUCGACCGCUUCGUGAACACGGAGACGGUUAAGGUUUUCGGGGCCAAGUGGGAGGAAGGGGCGCUGAGGGAGGCGAUCAGGAUGAUCGAGGAGGGCGAAGGGGGCAAGGACGAUGCGGCGUGGGCGGCGGAGAUGGUGAUGGCAUUUUUUAUGGGGCUGGGGAGAGAGAGGGUCGUUCUGGGUGCGGGUGGGGCGAUGGUGGAGGGCGGUCUGUUGACGCCGCCGGAGGAGGUGGAGAUGUGA